GGCGAUCGUUACCAUAGCGCCAGAAAAGGCCGGGUUUGUAUGCAACGAGACGACCGCGAGUACGGACAAAGAGGCCGAAUACUCAAUGAAGCGAACAAUACAAUCGAUGCUAAAAGAGCAAGACCAAGGGGAGAGACAUUAUUCUAUAAUGGGAUGUGAAGAUUUAAUUACGUCUGGACAAGCAGAUGUCAUGGAGUGAUAUCUUAGGGUCGGUGAAAUGGCCAGCUUUGAUCACACGUUACAAAGGCUUCGGUUAAAAAUACUACGAUCUUGGACAAAAGACAGAUAAUAGACAAUUAAUUUCUCAAUUAUUCCCCGAUUACCGGAUAUCAUUAAAGCGGGCACUGUGGCAUAAUAGAACAGGCAGGGGUCAGUUAUAAGGGUGCUAACCUGCGCUCGCUAGACAUUUGAAGAGAGACAUGGACAGAUCACUUACCACCCACAAGCUAACGGCUCCGCAGAUCCUUGAAGGGUAUUACUUCUUACCUUGUUGUGUGCCGGGCUGCUGCAGAUCAGAGGUUUCGAGGCCAAAGCAGAGCUCGUUCAGUAUUGAAGCUAUCCUCAGCGCCGAUAGUUCUAGGCAGAGUAGAGAGAUUCCCGGCAGACGGUUGGGUUCGCCAGAUCCUUCUGACUUCUGUGCGGUGAGGCCAUACCCCACCUUUGGAUUACCCGCGAAACUCGACCAGCAAUCCCCCCAUGAAAAGACAGGUGUACAAGCAUUUCGCAGAUCCUGGCGAGCGGAAAAACCAAAACGAGUGCGAACCAUCUUCUCCCCUGAUCAGCUGGACCGGCUAGAGAGGGAGUUCGACAACCAGCAGUACAUCGUGGGGACAGAGCGAUUCUACCUCGCUACAGAAUUAGGCCUGACUGAAACACAAGUCAAAGUUUGGUUCCAAAACCGGCGGAUCAAAUGGCGAAAACAGAACCUUGACAACAACAAAACAAGAGAAGCGGAAAGCGACGAGGAAAGCUCGAGUUGAAAAGUGGUUACUUUCAUCAUAUUUAGAGGGAGCUGCGGGAGACAAGUGAGAACUAAAAAUUGAGCUCGAUGUAUCUGGAAAACAUCCUGUUGGUAGAUGGACAAAUACUGUUGAUUCACCAGAACAUCGCCAAUAAAUCACAUCACAGAAGAAGACCUCGAAAGAAAUGAGGAAAGAGAGUGUGUUACGAAAUCAGCGACCAAUAACACACAUUUACUUUUGUCCGCCAAUCAAAGCACAGAACGUUGAUGCUCGUCACCUACCACAACGCCUUAAAGGCGCAUUGUCACCAGUUUACUUCCGGAGGUCCGACGGAAAUCUCAACCGUUAAAAGACAAAAGAAUCUAUUAGAAUCCGAGAUAUUUAACAGGCCAUCCGCUCUAAAUUAUUAAUCACAUCCUCGAAGAAACUUCCAAUAAACACACUGCUUUCAAUAUUUUGAAAUGUUUUUCGCGUUUUCAGUUAAAAAUCAUCGGAGAUUGUUAGUUAAUCGACCGGAAGUAAACUGGUGACAAUGCGGCUGUAAAUACCUUCAUUAGCCAAGCCAUUUAUUUACCCACGAUAGAAAAAAUCAUCGGGAUGCAGAACGUUCGAUAAUGUAGAAUUUUGAACUUUAAAAUAAGGGCCGGCCUCGACUCAAUAAACCAUGUAUGCCAAGUUUAGAGAAAAAAAACUUAAUCAGAGUGGAGAGAUAAAAGUUGUACACUUAUAUACUUCGCGAUGUACAUAGUUUGUAAAUAAAUAAAUAAAUAAAUAAAUAAUGAUAAGAUAA